GGCCCAGCAGGAGCGCCUUCGCUGACCUGAACCUGGCUGACCUCUGAGGCUGCUCUGGGCUCCCCGGGGCCUCCCCAGCCUCAGUGGUGAACUUGUAGAAUCUGAUUUGUGACCUCAAGAACCUUCUAGAUGACUUCCCACCGACAGAACAACGGCACUUCUGGUGGAAUUUUGCCUUCCAACCUCUCCAGUCAGUAUUUGCCCAUCAUGGAACGGCCGGGGGAGCUCAACAGCAUCUUCUCUGAGAUGAUGGUACACGUAGUGAACAUCACCACCCUGAUGGAAAACGCCUUCCAUGUGAUAGAGAUGUCCAGCAGGACCCCAGGCCGCCUGGAGAUGAACAAGACCACCCAGAACUCAGCUAAGAAAGAAGACAAACAAGCCCCAGAGUCUGCAGCCCCCCAGAACCCCAAGUUGAAAGCCACCCCAGGGCCUCAACUGUCCACCAGACGUCGGUUCCUCUCAGAGGUGGAUGAGGCCCAGGAUCCACAGCCCAUCUGGGACAAGGAGCCCCAGUUCUGGCAAGGCUUCCUGACCCAGGAACUGUGGAAAAUUUUCAUGGACAGCUGCCUAAAGAACCAACAGGAGCGCAGGGGUGAGGGUUUCUCACAGAAAAGCCAAGACUCUAAACCGAAACCUCGGCCCAGGCACAGAAACAGCCUGAGUGACUCUGACGACCCCAUCCUGAGCAAGUCCCCCUUAGGCCUGCUCAGUGAUUACCAAGAAGACAUCAGUCAGCCGCAGUCCGAGACCCAGGAAUCUUCUAGAAGAGCUGAUACAUUUCUGAAGCCCUUGUCCUGGGACUCUGAAGUCUUAGAGAGCAGCUGGAAGAGGCCUGGCACAUCACCCAUGCAGUUGGAGAGGCCCGCGGUCCCCCGAGCACUGCAGAAGGUGCGUGUGCUGAAACACCAGGAGCUGCUGUUGGCGAUAGCUGUGAGCUCCUUCACACGGCACGUCUUCACCUGCAGCCAGACUGGCAUCAAGGUGUGGAACCUCAUGAACCAGGCAGCUGACGACACACACCCCGAAAGCCACUUGCAGUGCAGCGCCCAGGCCAACAGGGCAUACCUGCGCACCUGCCAGCUAUCCUCCAACAGCCGGACCCUGUUCGCGGGUGGAUACAACUUACCCUGCGUGAUCAUGUGGGACCUGGCAGCCUCAUCUCUGUAUGAGAAGUACCAGCUGCCUUGCGAGGGCCUGUCCUGCCAGGCGCUGGCCAGCACAAAAGAGAACAUGGCCUUUGCAGGCUUCUCAGAUGGCACGGUCAGGAUAUGGGACCUGCGGACUCAGGGGAUAGUCAGGGACCUCAAAGGCCCUGACAGCUCGGCCAAGAGCCUUUUGGUCAAAGAUGGCAGUGUCUGGACGGGGGGCCUGGACGCCUGUCUGCGACGCUGGGACCUGCGGAUCGCCAAGGUGUUGGUGGAGUGUCCGUUCCAGUCCCAGAUCAUGAGCCUGUCUCACAGUCCAACUGAAGACUGGCUGCUACUGGGCCUGGCCGACGGCCAGCACUGCCUGUUCAGCAGCAAAGACAGCCAGGUGCUCACUGCGGGCACCAAGGACAAGACCAUCCUGGACCUCAAGUUCUCCCCAGAUGGCCAGUGGUGGGCGAGCGUAGGUAUGGACAGCCUUGUCACCCUCCACAGCAUGCCCACAGGGACAAAACUGUUCCAGGUCCCUGAGGCUGCCACCAUCAGAUGCCUCGACAUGGCUGAGAACGGCCGGCUCAUUGUCACAGGAUCUGGGGACUGUGCCUCGGUGUACCACAUCAUGCACUGACGGCUUCAGCUCCCCUCCCCUAACUGCACAGUGGUGGACGGCGAUGGGUGUGAAGGGUCUGCAAUGCUUCUGGAGAGUUCCAUGGGGUGUGCAGACCCCCAGUCACAUGUAAUAAAGCAAUUGAAAAGGCA